AUGGUUCUAGCCAAAGUGAAGAGAACAGCAGAGGCGUUUCUUGGGAAGAAGGUUAAAAACGCCGUGGUUACGGUCCCUGCAUAUUUUAAUGAUUCACAGAGGAAGGCCACUAAGGACGCGGCCGUUAUAGCGGGUCUGAAUGUAUUGAGGAUAAUCAACGAGCCUACAGCAGCGGCGAUCGCGUACGGAUUGGAUAAGAAGGGGAUCUGGUGUGGAGAGAGAAACGUGGUGAUAUUCGAUAUGGGCGGCGGAACGUUUGACGUGUCGCUAUUGACGGUUGAGGAGGGGAUAUUCGAGGUCAAGGCUACAGCGGGGCAUACUCAUUUGGGAGGGGAGGAUUUUGACAACCGGCUGGUCGAUUUCUUCCUGCGGGAGUUCAAGCGCAAGCACAAGGAGGACAUCAGCAGCAACCCCCAUGCUAUCAGCCGCCUAAAACUGGCCUGCGAGAGGGCCAAGCGCACUCUUUCCUUUACUACGCAAACGACCAUCGAAAUCGACUCCCUGCAUGAGGGGAUCGACCUUUACAGCACAAUUACGCGGGCACGUAAUGAGGAGCUCAACGCAGAUCUGCUGAGGCAGAGCAUAGAGCCUGUCGAGAAGUGCCUCAAAGAUGCGAAAAUCGACAAGGGGGCGAUUCACGACGUUGUUCUGGUUGGCGGUUCCACCCACAUCCCCAAAGUGCAGCAGCUCUUGCAAGAUUAUUUCAACGGAAAGAAUCUCUGCAAGAGCAUCAACCCCGAAGAGGCUGUGGCUUAUGGUGCCGCUGUUCAAGCUGCGAUUUUUACAGGGCAAGAGGGCAAAGAGUUGGAAGAUAUUCUUCUGCUGGAUGUGAAUCCGAUUUCACUCGGAGUGGAGACGGUUGGAGGGGUGAUGACGUCAGACGCCAUGGCCCUCUCCCUGUGCGCGAAGACGAGCCUCGUCUCGGCCGCGGGCCUGCAGCAGCGCAGCGCUGCCCAGGAGAGAAGGCAGACCGGCGCCUCGCUCUCAGCGUCGCUCGCCCACUCAGCCGCUGCUCCUUCGUUCAAGGCCUUCGAUGGCAUGCGCGCUAACUCCGCCUCCUCCUCCUCCUCCUCCUUCCUGUCCGGCGCUAAGAUCGCUGCGCCUGUGGCCACGGAGGGCUCUGCUGCUGCCGCUGCUGAGAAGGGUUUCACCCUGACCAUUGUGGCGGGCAGGAACAGCAAGAAGAUUCAAGGAAGGAAGCUCCGCGUCGCCGUUAUCGGAGGCGGCCCGGCCGGUGGGUGCGCGGCGGAGACGCUGGCGGAGAACGGCAUCGAGACGUUCCUCAUCGAGCGCAAGCUCGACAACGCCAAGCCCUGCGGUGGCGCCAUCCCCCUCUGCAUGGUCGACGAAUUCCAGCUUCCCCAGGAGAUCAUCGACAGGCGCGUGACCAAGAUGAAGAUGAUUUCCCCUUCCAACGUGGAGGUGGACGUCGGCCGCACGCUCGGCAAGGAGGAGUACAUCGGCAUGGUGCGCCGCGAGGUGCUCGACGCCUUCCUGCGCAACCGCGCGCAGUCGUACGGCGCAACGGUCAUCAACGGGCUGUACCUGAGGAUGGACAUGCCCAAGGAUGACGACAGCCCCUACGUCAUCCACUACUCCGACUACGCCGGCGACUCCAAGGUCGGCGUGCCCAAGACUCUGGAGGUGGACGCCAUCAUCGGCGCUGACGGCGCCAACAGCAGGGUGGCCAAGGACAUCGACGCGGGCGACUACGACUACGCCAUUGCCUUCCAGGAGCGUAUCCGUCUGCCCGAGGACAAGAUGGCAUACUACGAGGAUCUCGCGGAGAUGUACGUGGGCGAUGACGUGUCGCCCGACUUCUAUGGAUGGGUGUUCCCCAAGUGCGACCACGUGGCUGUCGGCACCGGCACCGUCAUCAACAAGCCCGCCAUCAAGCAAUACCAGACCGCCACCAGGAACCGCGCCAAGGACAAAAUCGAGGGAGGCAAGAUCAUCCGUGUGGAGGCUCACCCCAUCCCCGAGCACCCCCGCCCCCGCCGGACUUCCAACCGCGUCGCCCUUGUUGGUGAUGCUGCUGGCUACGUCACCAAGUGCUCAGGCGAGGGCAUCUACUUUGCGGCCAAGUCUGGGCGCAUGGCAGCGGAGGCGAUCGCAGAGGGAUCUGAGAAGGGCACUCGCAUGGUGGACGAAUCUGACCUGCGCGUGUACCUGGACAAGUGGGACAAGAAGUACUGGGCCACCUACAAGGUGCUGGACAUUCUCCAGAAGGUGUUUUACCGCUCCAACCCUGCUCGCGAGGCGUUCGUUGAGAUGUGUGCGGACGACUACGUGCAGAAGAUGACGUUCGACAGCUACCUCUACAAGACGGUCGUGCCGGGCAACCCCCUCGAUGACCUCAAGCUGGCCGUCAACACCAUCGGCAGCCUGAUUCGCGCGAAUGCUCUUCGCAAGGUCGCCCUCGAGAAGGCCUAG